GGGAUCUCUCAAACAGACGUCUCGUUUGAGAAUUUGGGACAAGUCAAUACUCUCGGGUCACAGCAUUCCGGAUGAUGGCCAAACAAAGCCCACGUAAAAGAGAAAAUGGUGGCCGCGUCUUCCACAAGCAUUCACAGGAAGAGCCGAGUGGAAAGGAGAGAGAAAACAAUUGCGAGAAAACACAAAAAUGGGGUUAGGCUCAUUGACAUCUCGAACAAUGAUUCGGCGAGCAUCACCCUUACUCCAUAGAUCUCUCAUUCGAUCAGUAGUUUCAACUCCUCAGCUCAAUAAUCCUGAUUCUGCUGCUGCUGCUGAGGCAAUUCCAGAUCCUCCUCCUCCACCACCUCGUCCCCCAAUCAACAAUGCUAGGGUUCAUUUCCCUAAUCCUGAAGAUGCUAUUGAAGUUUUCGUUGAUGGCUACUCCGUCAAAAUUCCUAAGGGAUUCACUGUUCUUCAAGCUUGUGAGGUUGCUGGUAUUGAUAUUCCUCGAUUUUGCUAUCAUAGUCGUCUUUCAAUUGCUGGGAAUUGUCGUAUGUGUUUGGUUGAAGUCGAGAAAUCUCCUAAACCUGUUGCCUCUUGUGCUAUGCCCGCUCUUCCUGGGAUGAAGAUAAAGACAGAUACUCCAUUAGCGAAGAAAGCUCGGGAGGGAGUAAUGGAGUUCUUACUUAUGAAUCAUCCUCUAGAUUGUCCUAUAUGUGACCAGGGUGGAGAAUGUGACCUCCAAGAUCAGUCUAUGGCCUUUGGUUCUGAUAGGGGUCGCUUUACUGAAAUGAAAAGAUCAGUUGUUGAUAAGAACUUGGGUCCCCUUGUUAAAACUGUCAUGACUCGAUGUAUCCAGUGUACAAGAUGUGUAAGGUUUGCAAGUGAGGUAGCUGGAGUUCAGGAUCUUGGUAUGUUAGGCCGUGGUAGUGGUGAGGAAAUUGGGACUUAUGUUGAAACGCUUAUGACAAGUGAGCUGUCCGGCAACGUAAUUGAUAUUUGUCCAGUUGGAGCCCUUACUUCAAAACCUUUUGCAUUUAAGGCCCGAAAUUGGGAGUUGAAGGGAACUGAGAGUAUUGAUGUCACAGACGCUGUUGGAUCAAACAUACGGAUUGAUAGUAGAGGACCAGAGGUGAUGCGUAUCGUUCCACGACUCAAUGAGGAUGUAAAUGAAGAAUGGAUUUCAGAUAAAACACGGUUCUGCUAUGAUGGUCUGAAGAGGCAAAGAUUAAAUGACCCCAUGAUUCGUGGUUCUGAUGGACGUUUUAAUACUGUCAGCUGGCGAGAUGCCCUUGAUGUGAUUGCUGAUGUUGUUCACAAAGUUAAACCAGAAGAGAUUGUGGGUGUUGCUGGUAAAUUGUCUGAUGCUGAGGCUAUGAUGGCGUUGAAGGAUUUCUUGAACAAGAUGGGAUCGAAUAAUGUCUUGUGUGAAGGAAAUGGCACACAACCUCAAGCUGAUCUGCGUUCUGGUUAUCUUUUGAACACCGGCAUUUCUGACCUUGAAAACGCAGAUGUCUUUCUUCUCGUGGGCACCCAGCCUAGAGUUGAAGCUGCCAUGGUAAAUGCCAGAAUCCGGAAAGCAGCACGAAAUAACCUUGCUAAGGUUGGUUAUAUUGGUCCUGCUGCGGAGUUCAACUAUGACUAUGAACAUCUUGGAACAGGCCCGCAGACCCUGCAAGAAAUCGCUGAAGGCCGUCAUUCAUUUUUCUCGGCCAUCAAAAAUGCUAAGAACCCAGCUAUUAUUGUUGGUGCUGGACUCUUUGAGAGAGAGGAUAAAGAUGCAAUCCUAUCUGUUGUUGAAACCAUUGCAAAGUCAGCAAAUGUAAUUAGACCAGACUGGAAUGGUCUUAAUGUUUUGUUGUUAAAUGCUUCCCAAGCAGCUGCCCUGGACCUUGGUCUUGUGCCGGAAUCUGACAAAAGUAUUGAGUCUGCUAAGUUUCUGUAUCUUAUGGGUGCGGAUGACGUGAACUUGGACAAGCUUCCGAAUGACGCAUUCGUUGUGUAUCAGGGUCACCAUGGUGAUCAGAGUGUAUAUCGUGCCAAUGUCAUUUUGCCUGCAUCGGCUUUCUCCGAGAAGGAAGGUACAUAUGCAAAUACUGAAGGUCGCACUCAGAAAACCAUUCCGGCAGUUCCUACUGUUGGAGAUGCUAGGGAUGACUGGAAAAUAAUUAGGGCCUUAUCUGAGACAGCUGGAGUGAGGUUGCCUUAUGAUUCCCUAAAUGAUAUUCGACAGCGAAUGAGGACUGUCGCGCCAAACUUACUAAGCAUAGAUGAACGGGAACCAGCUACUUUCUCUGCAUUGAUUAAGCCCGAUAUCAAGAAGGAAGUGAAUCCAGCUCCUUUUAAGUCAGCAAUUGAAAAUUUCUAUAUGACCGACUCGAUUACCAGGGCGUCAAAGAUAAUGGCUCAGUGCUCUUCUCAGCUGUUGAAAAAGUGAAUUACUUUCCCUUGGCAAUAAUUUUAGCAGGAAGAAUCUUCUUCCAAGCCCUGGGCGUUUCAGCUUUAUACUUGUAUUUUUGAGAGUUUCCGAUUGCUUUUUGGCAUUUACUUUGUAGUUGGGGUUGUCAGCUGCUUUAGUUCGAUAUUCGUUGUGGUAUUUUUUCAAUAAUAUUUCCAAAUUUUCCAGAGGCUAUUUUCUCCCAUAAUUGUAAUGUGUAUGAUACUGUUUGAGAAUUAAGAUGUCUUUUGUGAGCGUUCUUAGUCGAAUAAA